AAAUGUUUAUUAAUUAUGGCUUGGGGGGAUUACAUGUCCCUUCUAGAAUGCCACAGAACUAACCUUGCAGGAAGUGCACAUCCUUCUAGUUAUCUGUAUGAGAUUCUGAAACAGUAACAUCCUGCUAGAAUGCCAUUUCUGACAGACACCAUUCUUCCCUCAGCAACAGCUACUGGGGACUGCAAUGGAAAUAUCGUGUUAUUAAAUCACGAAGAAAUUAACUUUUGCUGUAUUCUGUUUUAAUAUGAGAGCUUAUGCUAUUUUCUGUUGCAACAGAUUUCAAAUGACUGUCCUGAAUGUUUUUGUGGUGCUGCUACUUUUUGUUCAGGGAUGCUACUCCCGGGUUAGCUGCACAUCUCAAUUCAAAUGUCCAAGAGACAAUCAGGAUGUUUACAGAAGUAAUGAUCUCAGAGAAAUUCCUGAAAAUGUGAAAGCAGUUGCCACAGAAGUCUUCUUUGUGCAAACAAGCAUAUCAGUGAUAAAAAAACAUGCCUUUAAAAACAAUCCCAAUCUGCAAAAAAUAUAUUUCAUUGAAAAUGAUGUUACUGCAGUCGAAGCUGGAGCAUUUGAAACAUUACCUGAUCUUAUAGAACUUGAAAUAUCUGGUAAUGAUAAAUUACAAGAGCUGACAGUGGGCGCUUUCAAUAAUCUUUCAAAACUGAAGAAGCUCUCCCUUAAAGGAAACAAGAUUAAUAAACUAGAAAACAAUAUUUUUGAUCAAUUAUCUAAUGUAGAAGACAUCCAGUUACACAUGAAUGACAUAUCAUACCUGCCAAACAACAUAUUUGACAGAUUAAUUACUCUUAAACGUUUACAUCUCGCCAAGAACAAACUUACUAGUAUUCCAAGAGAUAUUUUUAAGAAACUUAAGAGUCUCACUUCCCUUAGACUGUACGAAAAUGAGAUUACUGAUCUUCCAGAAGAUGCUUUUGACUCCCAGUCACAACUUACUGAGCUUUCAGUAUAUGGCAACAAAAUUAAGAGAUUGCAGCCAAACAUUUUUAGUAAAUUGUAUAAACUGGAAAAAUUAGCUUUAGAAAAAAAUAUGAUUGAAGAAUUCCCAGAAGGUAUCUUCUCUGGCCUUGAAAAGUUAAAAGAACUGAAACUAUUUUCAAAUCAGCUCACAAAGCUGCCCAACAGGUUGUUUGGUAGGAUUAAUAAACUGACCGAACUUGAUUUUUCCAAAAAUAACCUUACAUCUAUUCCAAAUGAAUUAUUUGCCAAUCUCACAAAUUUAAAAAAGUUGAAUUUUGCUGAUAACCAGAUUAGUACACUGCCAAAUAAUGCAUUUGUCGGUCUUAAACAGCUUACAUCCCUUCAUCUUGGAAACAAUAAACUCAAGGAUUUAAAACCAGAAACAUUUUCAAGUUUAUUGAGAUUAACAACACUUAACCUCUUUCAAAACUUGUUGCAACAUGUUCCAGAGGGAUUUUUUGAUAAUUUCUCUAAACUUAAUUCAGUAAAUAUAGGUAAUAAUCCUUGGGUAUGCGACUGUCAUUUACAUUAUCUCUACCAAUGGAUAAAACAAAAUCCUGAAAAGCUUAAACCUGCGGAUAAUACACUGUGUGAAACUCCUGAAAAAUUUAAAGGUCGAAGCAUUGAUUUGCUAUCUUUACAUGAUUUAAUCUGUUUAAUUACUACAUCAGCAUCUACCAUUACUACAAAAUCAUUGACAUCCCCUGAUUUCUCCACAGUUACUGAGACUAUAAAAAGUACAACUGAAUAUCAAAUUAUUUUGACAUCAUCUUCAUAUCUUGGUGCAACAGAGCUAUUCUCCACUGCUGUUUCAGAUGCAGAAACUAAUGUUUUAGCAACAUCUACAGAUCUGGGUACAACAGAGUUAUUCUCCACUGCUAUUCCAGAUAUGGAAACUAUUGUUUUGGCAACAUCUUCAGAUUUGCAUACAACAAAGUUGUUCUCCAGUGCUUAUUCAGAAACAGAAACUAAUGUUAAUCUUGUCAUAACAACAACACAAGAAAUGUUUUCUACAGAAUCUAUUGUAAGUGAGCAGAAGACUCUUGAAGAAGGUUUUCAAAGUACUACUUUUCUAUCAUCUACAGCGUUUGAUACAACACAGUUACCCACUGUUUUUCCAUCAUCGCAAACCUUUCCAAGUACUUCUGUAGCUACAUCUUUGAAAAUGACAACGGAAAACAGUGUAACUGACCAAAUGUCCACUUCCAGUGAAGCUAUAGGAAGUCCAUCCAUUCCAAAUGAAAAUGUGUUUAUGUCUAUUGCUUUGGAUUCAUCACAGCCAUUAUCAACCAUGGCUUUCACAAGAGAAACUAGUGAAAUGUCAAGUGAUGUUACAACAGAAGAUGAUGCACCUACUGAAUGGUUUACAUCUGUGGAAAAUUAUUCUCUUCCUAAUGUGGAUUUGGCAUCUGUGGUUACUUCAGCAAUGUAUUCAGUCACUUCUCUUUCUGCAGUACCUACAGCAAUCGGGACUAAGAAUAGUGAAAAAGGGACAACAGAAGGGGGCACUUCUGCUCUAUAUUAUCCUGAAGUCACUACUUUCCCAACAUCUGCCUUUGAUCCUAAUUUAGAUAAUUCGACAGUGGAUUCUUCUGUUGUAAAGUCUUCUCCAGUAAUGUCUUCCAUUAUAGCAAUGGAGUCAGUAACCGAAAUACAGACGAGUACAUUUGAUACAAUGAUAGAGGCAAGCACUGACGAACACUUUUUUGACACAGUGAAACCAAUGUUGCCAGUGUCUCUCACUACAACUCUGAACAUGAAUAAGACAUUGCCAACUACAAUACCAUGGUGUACUAAUGUUACCCUGGCAUUUAAAAACACAGUAGCAUCAACGUUGGUUAUGUUACCUACUGAUAUUAGAACAACAUAUUUAGAGUCAGAAGUUGUAGAUACUGAUACAGUAAUAACCAUCAGUCCAUAUGAGUUUAAGGGAGAUGAAAAGGCUACUCAUGGUGAGGCACAGACAAAAUACUCUAAGUCAGAAGCUUGGGACUUGCCAAUAGACAUAAAACCUGGCUAUUGUGCCUUUCUUUUUUCCUCUUACUGUAUUAUGAUUUUGCUAGAAAUUGGUUGCACUACUGUUUUGGCACAUUAUUGUUAUUUAAUUUACCAGUCUAUGCCAUAUAAUUAUAGCUUUAUUGAACCCGUGAAGCUGAAAAAAAUAUUAGUUAAGAAAGUGUAAUACUGCAGGUAUGACUGGUAAGUAUAAUAAUGUAUAUAUGGUCUCCUCCUUUAAAGCAUGCAGUAUACUCUGUGUUGUAUAUGUGCCACUGUAUAAUGUGUAAUAAUCAUUGAUUAGUGGCCAGUUUUAUUCGGCAGUUAGUUUAUACAUCUCAUACAGCUCAUACAUUUCAUAAGCCUGGUUACAGUAUUCAGGCCCAAAGGUCACCUUGGAACAUUGAGUCCAUAAAUGCAUUUGCAUUUACCCAUUUGUUUAACUUUUCCUUGAAAAUGUGGAAGGAUUCAGAAUGAUGAAUAAAUAGAAGUAAUUUAUUCUAAAUAAUGAGUGCAUGUAAUAAAUUCUGUCCUAAUUUUUGUCUUAAAACUACUUAUACAAUAUAUUAAGUUAGUGUGCCUAUGUGUUUUAGUAGGGUUUUAUUAAGUUUAUAUAUCUUCAAGAUCAAUGUUGUGCUCAGCUCUACAAUCAUUGGUGAUUUAUAUGCCAAAAUUAAAGCAGCCCUGAUAUUACCUGUAUUGUAAGGAACUCAGAUCAAGCUUCUUACAUCUUUAUUCACAAGACAAACCCUUUAUUGGUUUUAUUCUCUUGGUAAACCUUGCUUGUACAGACUCUAAACAUUUUAGCUCUCUUUUAGUGUACAUACUGAAGGGGCUAUGGUAUUCCAGGAUCAGUUGUA